GGAACACUCACUGCAGACGAUGCGCGCCAUCAUUCAGAGGGUUUCCUCUGCUUCAGUAACAGUGGACAACGAAGUCGUCUCGCGAAUCUCUAAAGGCUUGAUGGUGCUUGUCGGCAUCGGCACCGAUGAUAGUCCAGCAGACGCUGCCACCAUCAUCAACAAAAUUCUCAACCUCCGCGUCUUCAAUGACCCCGCAGACGAUGUCAAGAUGUGGAAGUCGAGCGUCAAGGAUAUAGACGGCGACAUCCUCUGCGUCUCCCAAUUUACACUGCUCGGCAACACGACGAAGGGGAACAAACCGGAUUUUCACAAGGCGAUGCCUUCUGAAGCCAGCCGCGUAUUCUACAGCUCUUUCCUCGAAAGCUUAGGAAAAGCGUACAAGCCGGAUAAGAUCAAGGACGGCAAAUUCGGCGCGAUGAUGAGCGUCAGCCUGUGCAACGAGGGUCCAGUCACAUUCACUAUCGACUCGCGCAAGUUUGAGUACGUAGACCAGCCUUCGAGCGGAACUUCGACACCGAAGGGGAAGAGCAAGGGUGCGAACACACCGAAGGGCAAGGGUGCGGUGACGCCAAGAACUGCAGAAGGAGCGAAUGAGGUUGGAUUGAAGAGCGAAGGUCCAGAUGCUGGCGCCAAGGUAGAGACAAAUAGCGGUUGAUACGAUUGCAGCAGAGACCAGGAGUGCGGGUGAAAGCAUGACAGAGCAA